AUGUCGCAUUCUAAUCAGAUUAUCGUUGCAACACCCCCCACGGACGCGAUUUCUGCGAUCAAAUUCUCUUCUGAUCCAGACUCCACUCGGCUGGUAGUUUCCUCCUGGGAUAAGAAUGUUUACCUGUACGAUUUGCGAGACGAGAAUGGGGUUGUUGGUCCAGGGAAACUUCUUCAGAAGUUUGAACAUCGAGCACCCGUGCUAGAUGUUUGUUUCGGCGCAAAUGAAGAUGAGAUCAUCACCGCGGGCUUGGAUUGGGAUGUGAGAAAAAUUGAUGUCAAUACCUCCACGCAGACCGUCCUGUCCAGCCACGAAGCUGGCGUCAAAUCGGUAGUGUACAGCAAAGAACAUUCAAUCGUCAUAUCUGCUUCCUGGGACUCGACGCUGCACGUCCACCGAUUGAACGCCGAUUCCACCCCGGCGGUUAUUCCUCUUCCCUCUAAACCCUUCUCCCUCUCCGUCUCGCCUACAAAGCUUGUCGUCGCAAUGGCUUCUCGGGCGCUCCACAUUUACGAUCUCAAAUCCCUCGCCAUGAUAUCCGACCAAGCCGACUUCCAACCCCCUUCUGUUAACAAAGUCGAAAUCGAACCCUGGCAACGGCGGGAAAGCAGUCUCAAAUUCAUGACUCGAGCUGUUGCAUGCAUGCCCGACGACGCAGGCUAUGCUUCGUCGAGCAUCGAGGGGCGAGUCGCCGUGGAGUGGUUUGAUCCUUCGACAGAAUCACAAGCGCGCAAAUACGCAUUCAAAUGCCAUCGAAAACCCGUCGACGAUGUAGAUGUUGUCUACCCGGUCAACGCCCUCUCGUUUCAUCCCGUUUUCGGCACUUUUGCGUCGGGUGGUGGCGACGGUGUGGUUGCAUUGUGGGAUGGCAUUGCGAAGAGGAGGAUUCGCCAAUAUCAGAAAUACCCAGCCAGUGUUGCCGCACUCAGCUUUAGCUCAAGCGGGAAAUAUCUCGCUGUCGCUGUCAGUCCCGGCUUUGAAGAUGGCCAGGACGAUGUCGACCCUAGCACCGUGCAAAUAUUUGUACGCGAGCUUGGUGAGGUUGAAGCAAAGGGCAAGGGGCCUAAGUAA